UUCGCUCGCUCGCUCUCUCAAUCUUUCCGAUUUGGUUGGGUCCUCUCCAAGUCUCUUGCGAAAAUGGCGGCUUCGGUACAACCUGCAUGCUUAGACCUCCACUUCUCCGGCAAGCAUCCACCGCUUCCUAAACACUACGCUAUUUCCGUCCGCUGCGUUUCUUCUCCCAAUGUAAUUCCCGAAGCUGACUCCAUCACUGGCCCUCCUGAUAUCAUCGAUACCAGCCGUGACCAGCGCAAAGUGGUUCGUCUUGCCUGGGAGAAGUUGGUUCGAUGGUCUCGUUCUUGGCGCGCUAAAGCCAAAACCGAUGUUCUUGAGCGCACUCGCAAGGUUGUUGUUCUUGGUGGAGGUUCGUUUGGUACUGCAAUGGCUGCUCAUGUAGCUAGAAGGAAAGAGGGAUUAGAGGUUAAUAUGCUAGUGCGUGACUCUUUUAUUUGCCAAUCUAUCAACGAGAACCACCAUAAUUGUAAGUACUUCCCUGAGCACAAGUUACCUGAGAAUGUGAUUGCCACAACUGAUGCGAAAGCUGCAUUGCUUGAUGCUGAUUACUGCCUCCAUGCUGUACCUGUCCAGUUUAGCUCAUCAUAUCUAGAAGGAAUUUCCGAUUAUGUUGAUCCAGGAUUGCCUAUUAUAUCUCUUAGCAAAGGUCUGGAGCUUAAUACUCUUAGGAUGAUGUCUCAGAUAAUUCCUACUGCCCUUAAGAAUCCAAGGCAACCUUUCGUUGCACUUUCUGGCCCGUCAUUUGCUCUGGAGCUGAUGAACAAUUUACCAACGGCAAUGGUGGUUGCCUCGAAAGAUAAGAAAUUGGCAAAUGCUGUUCAGCAGCUUCUGGCUUCUAGUUACUUGAGAAUAAACACUUCCAGUGAUGUUACAGGCGUGGAAAUUGCCGGUGCCCUGAAGAAUGUUCUAGCAAUAGCUGCAGGAAUUGUUGAUGGAAUGAAUCUCGGUAACAACUCUAUGGCAGCUCUUGUAUCCCAAGGUUGUUCAGAGAUAAGAUGGUUAGCCACAAAGAUGGGUGCAAAGCCAACAACCAUAACUGGUUUAUCAGGAACUGGAGACAUAAUGCUCACGUGUUUUGUAAAUCUUUCAAGAAACCGAACAGUUGGAGUUAGGUUAGGGUCAGGGGAGACACUAGAUGACAUACUAAGCUCUAUGAGUCAGGUAGCAGAGGGUGUAGCAACUGCCGGGGCAGUGAUAGCAUUAGCACAGAAAUACAAUGUGAAGCUGCCGGUUUUGACAGCCGUAGCUAAGAUAAUAGAUAAUGAACUGACCCCGACUAAGGCUGUUCUUGAGCUCAUGAACCUUCCUCAGAUUGAAGAAGUAUGAGAUGGAACAAUCGUUUUGAGGACCACAUAUUCAAAGAGAUGGCUUUAAGGCGGCAAGAGCUUUGCAUUCGUUUAGGGAUAGCUAGUGAUAGAGAUGACUCGAAGUGACUUUUGUAAUCGAUUUUAGGCCCUGAAUCUCAUGAAUGUGAAUUGUUCAUAAACAUUUUACAAAUCUGUGUAAAGUUUUCUCAUACGUCUAUAAAAGGGAUUUUCCAGUAUACAA